AUGGGCGCAGCAUCUCAAAGCGAGUCAAGCGAGCGCACGGUGGUGAAGCAGGGCGCCCGCCGGGCGUCUAUGCUGGAGAUUUUGGGCCUGAAGGGCAACUUCAGCCACCUGAACUUGAAGGACCCCUUCAACGUGAAAAAGCUUGGCUCCAGCUACACCACCGAGAUCCGUGCGGGCUUGACAACGUUUUUGGCCAUGGCCUACAUUCUUCCGGUGAACAGUGGCAUGCUGAGCCUGGCUGUGCCGGACAUGAAGGAACAGCUGGUGUGUGCUACGGCUCUGGCGGCCUUCUGUGGCUGUUGGCUGAUGGGCAUCCUCUCCAACUUCCCUUUCAUGCUUGCGCCAGGCAUGGGCACCAACGCCUACUUCACCUUCAGCAUCGUCUUGGGUCGGGGCCUCCCAUGGCAAGCCGCCUUUGCGGCUGUCUUCGUGGCCGGCUGCCUCUUCACGCUGCUGAGCGUCACGGGCAUGCGCACGCUGCUGAUCCGGCUCUUCCCCGAAGGCAUCAAGGAGAUCAUCGGCGCAGGCGUCGGGCUCUUCCUGACCUUCAUCGCUUUCCAGAGUGCCGAGGGCAUGGGCUUCUCUGUGGCAGAUCCCGCCACGUUGGUGAAGCUCGGGUCUCUGAGCUCCGACUCCUAUGACUCGGCGAAGAUGUGGUUGAGCCUCGCAGUGCUGGUGAUCACUGCGAGCCUGCUGGCGGCCAAGGUCCCGGGUGCUCCCUUGAUCGGCAUCGUGCUGGGAACCGUCAUCUGCUGGAUCGAGGGCUGGGCGCACGGCACGGAGGGCACCAUCUUCGGCUACCCCUUCGGCACCGGAGGCGACAGCUCCGCCAAGGACUUCCGCAUCUACGUGCCCACCGGCAUCGUGGCCAAGCCGUCUCUUGAAGGCCUUGCUGGCGCUUUGUUCGAAGGCUUUGACUGGGCUUUCCACCCGGACACCAGCAGCACGUUCUGGACGGCUGUGGCUACGUUCUGCUACACCGACCUGCUCGACUCCUCCGGGACCUUCUUCGCCGUGGCGAAGGUCGCCGGGCUCACGGACAGCCGGGGCAACCUGCCGCUUGCGCGCCAGAACAUGGCGUACCUAGCCGAUGCGCUGGCCAUGAUGGUUGGCUCCGUGCUGGGCGUCUCCACAGUGAGCACCUUCGCCGAGUCGACAGCCGGGGUGGCGGAUGGAGCCAAGACUGGCCUGGCCUCGCUGGUGACAGGCAGCUGCUUCUUGCUGGCCAUCCCCUUCUCCCCGAUCGUCUCGGCCGUUCCUCCGCUGGCUUCCGGGCCCAUCCUGUGCCUCCUGGGCGCCAUGAUGUGCAGCUCCGUGAAGGGCGUGGACUGGGAUGACUUCCAGGAGUCUCUGCCGGCUUUCGUGGCCAUGAUCACCAUGCCGUUCACGUUCAGCAUCGGCUACGGCAUCAUCGCCGGCUUGGGCCUCUGGAUCUCCAUCCAGCUCUUGCUUGCACCCCUGAGGCUCUACCGUGGUGAGAGCCCCAUGGUGCGAGUUCACAAGCUUUGGGGCUCCGCGUUCGUGGAGGGCGACGAGGAGGAGAAGAGCAGCGGCAAGGGUACUCCUAGCACCAUCACCCCCAGCCAGUCCUUCGGCGAGGAGGUUUGA